AAAUGAAGAUCUGAAACAAAUGCUGGAAAGCAGCAAAGAUUCUGCCAGCAAGUUGGAUGCUAUGAAGAGGAUUGUUGAGAUGAUUGCCAGAGGGAAAAAUACAUCUGAAUUGUUUCCUGCUGUUGUGAAGAAUGUAGCAAGUAAAAAUAUUGAGAUUAAAAAACUUGUAUAUGUUUACCUGAUGCGCUAUGCAGAGGAGCAGCAGGAUCUGGCAUUACUAUCAAUUAGCACUUUUCAACGUGCUCUGAAAGAUCCUAAUCAGUUAAUCCGUGCAAGUGCUUUGAGAGUUUUAUCCAGUAUCAGAGUACCAAUUAUUGUGCCUAUUAUGAUGCUUGCUAUCAAAGAAGCAUCAACUGAUUUAUCACCUUAUGUUAGAAAAAAUGCCGCCCAUGCAAUCCAAAAGCUUUACGGCCUUGAUCCUGAGCAAAAAGAAAUGUUAAUUGAAGUAAUCGAAAAACUUCUCAAAGACAAAAGCACACUUGUAGCAGGGAGUGUUGUGAUGGCAUUUGAAGAAGUAUGUCCAGACAGAAUAGAUUUGAUUCACAAGAACUAUCGAAAGCUGUGUAACCUGCUAGUUGAUGUGGAAGAAUGGGGACAAAUCGUCAUUAUCCACAUGCUGACUCGAUAUGCACGCACUCAGUUUGUGAGCCCUUGGACAGAGGAAGGUAGUCCAGAGGAAUACAGUGAAAAGAACUUCUAUGAAUCUGAGGAUGACCACCAAGAGAGAAACCAGAAAGUGAACAAACCUUAUUCCAUGGACCCGGAUCACAGAUUACUGAUACGAAAUAUAAAGCCUUUACUACAAAGUCGGAAUGCUGCUGUGGUGAUGGCAGUUGCACAACUCUAUUGGCAUGUAGCACCAAAAUCUGAAGCUGGUAUAGUAGCUAAAGCAUUAGUACGCCUACUUCGCAGUAACAGGGAGGUACAGUACAUCGUUUUACAGAAUAUAGCAACAAUGUCAAUCCAGCGCAAGGGUAUGUUUGAACCGUACUUGAAGAGUUUUUAUGUUAGAUCAACUGAUCCAACCAUGAUCAAAACAUUAAAGCUCGAAAUCAUGACUAAUUUAGCGAACGAGGCCAACAUAGCAACUCUUCUCAAAGAAUUUCAGACAUAUGUGAAAAGCCAAGAUAAGCAGUUUGCUGCAGCUACAAUUCAGGCAAUAGGCAGAUGUGCAACAAACAUCAUAGAAGUGACUGACACAUGCCUGAAUGGCCUAGUGUGCUUGCUGUCCAACAGGGAUGAAAUAGUAGUUGCUGAAAGUGUAGUAGUUAUUAAGAAACUGCUGCAGACACAGCCAGCACACCAUGGUGAAAUUAUUAAACGCAUGGCCAAGCUCUUGGACAGUAUUACUGUUCCUGUGGCAAGGGCCAGUAUUCUUUGGCUCACUGGAGAAUAUUGUGAACGAGUUCCAAAAGUAGCCCCUGAUGUUCUUAGAAAAAUGGCAAAGAGUUUCACAACUGAAGAUGACCUUGUAAAGCUACAAAUCUUAAAUCUUGCAGCAAAAUUGUAUUUAACCAACUCAAAACAGACAAAAUUGCUUACCCAGUACAUAUUAAAUCUCGGCAAGUAUGAUCAAAGCUACGACAUCAGAGACCGUACAAGAUUUAUUAGGCAGCUUAUUGUUCCAAAUGAGAAGAGUGGAGCUUUAAGCAAAUAUGCCAAAAAAAUAUUUCUGGCACAGAAGCCCGCCCCACUGCUUGAGUCUCCUUUUAAAGAUAGGGAGCACUUCCAGCUUGGUACUUUGUCUCAUUCUCUGAACAUGAAAACCAAUGGCUAUCUGGAGUUGUCUAAUUGGCCAGAGAUUGCACCUGACCCUUCAGUGAGAAAUGUAGAAGUAAUUGAGUCGGCGAAAGAAUGGACUUUGGUAUUGGGGAAGGCAAAGAAAGAGAAACCCCUUGAAAAGUUCUACUCUGAUUCAGAGGAGGAAGAGGAAAGCGAUGAUUCUUCUAGCAGUAGUAAUAGUGAGAGUGAAUCUGAGAGUGAAGAAGGAAAAAAAGAGGAAGGGCAAGGAAGUAGCAGUACGGACAGUAGUGAGAGUUCUUCUAGCAAAGAUGAAAGUAAUAGAAAAUCAAAGGCCAAAAGAGGAAGUGCAAGAAAAAGGGCUACAGUUUUAAAGAGUGGCUGUGAAGGCACAGAAGAAAAUAAAGUAAAGUCUAAAAAAGCACUUGGUUCUUCAGAUUCAGAAUCUAGUUCAGCUGAGGAAAGCUCUUCAGACUCCAGCUCAGAAACAGAAUCUGAAAGUGGUUCUGAGUCUAAAAAAUCGAUGGGUGCAUCUCUUCCUCCCAAGAGAGAAGAGAAAAAUUUGCAGAAGAGAGCUCCUACUAAACAAGAUGUGUCACUCCUAGACUUGGAUGACUUCAAUCCUGUGCCAACUACCGUGACACUUCCCAUGUCAACAGUUCUCUCUCCUGCUUCAGCCGCUGACCUAGAAGGUUUAAGUUUAUCAAGUUCGUCAGUCAUUGAUGUCAGCUCUCCAGUCUUUGUGCCAAUGAAAACUCAUGAACUUCUUCACCGAAUGAGUGGGAAAGGAUUAGCAGCUCAGUAUCACUUCUCAAGACAAUCCUGCAUUUAUAAUGCUCAAAUGGUAUCUGUCCAAGUGACAUUUACUAACACCACUGACCUAAAGAUAGAGAAUAUCCAUUUAAGCGAGAGAAAGCUGCCUACUGGCAUCAGAACACACAUGUUUAACCCAAUAGAAUCUCUUGAGCCCGGGGAAUCUAUUACGGCCUCAAUGGGUAUUGACUUCUGUGAUUCUACACAGGCUGCCUCCUUCCAGUUGUGUACUAAGGAUGACCAGUUCAGUGUUAAUAUUCAGCCCCCUGUUGGAGAGUUACUUUUACCAGUCAUUAUGUCAGAAAAGGACUUUAAGAAGGAACGAGGAAGGCUGACUGGUAUGAAUGAAACAUCCACCACGGUCACUGUGGCGCCGCAGAACUCGACUCGCCUUGUUAUAAUGCAGAAGGUGGUCAACAUAGCAAACCUUGGUGCGGUUUCUUCUGGUGAAGAUAACAUUCACAGGUUUGCUGCUAAAACCAUUCAUAGUGGGUCACUGAUGCUAGUCACAGUGGAGCUGGAGGAAGGGUCUACAGCACGGCUCAUCAUAAACACUGAGAAAACUGUGAUUGGUUCUGUUCUACUGCGGGAGCUGAAGCCUGUCCUGUCCCAGGGGUAACCUGCUUACAUCUGGACCUCAGAAUCUGGCACACAACAAAAGUGCCUGGCAUCUACUACUGCUGCCUUUCAUUUAUAAUAAUAGCCUUUCCAUCUGGCAGUGGGGGAAGAAUACACUCUUGACAUUCUUGUCUCCUGUUUUAGAAUGCUAUCGUGUGUAUCUAUCACACAAGCAAGUACUUCGCAUCUUUUUUUCCUGCUUUCUAACCAAAGAAUAUGUAUUUUACUGUCCACUAAACUCUUAAAUGUUGAGAACAAGAUCCUCCCCCCCCCCCCGCCAGUGAUCCACUUUGUUUUUCCUUGCAAUUUUCCUGCUUGUUUAUAUUCUCCAUUAAAACAAGAAAAGACUGAAUAAUAAGGUAUUGGGUGGGUUGGGGGGAUCCAUUUAACCAGAAAGUAAAAUUUGAGGAAAUCUGUAUGGAAAGCUACACUAUUCAGUUUCACAUGGAUGGAUAUAUUGUAAUGGGUUUUUUUGAAAGAGAGGUAAAAUUUAGCAGUGUUUAUUGCCCAAUGAAUAUCUGUUUCUCAACUUGAGCAUAUUUUUGUAUCUAAUUGUUCUUCACAGCUGCCAUAAUCUCCAGUUUCUAGUAUUUGAGAUUUAAAUAAAGUCGUGUUAUAAUUAA